GAACACUGUUGAUAUGCAAGUAUUGAAGAAGGGGGAGGUCAACCUCGGAACUUCCAUCAUGGCGGUUCAGUUCACGGACGGUGUGGUCAUUGGCGCGGACAGUCGCACAACGACCGGCAGCUACAUUGCCAACCGUGUUACUGAUAAAUUGACAUAUGUGCAUGACCGGGUAUAUUGCUGCCGCUCGGGUUCUGCUGCAGACACCCAAGCUGUGGCGGACAUCGUCCAUUACUACCUGCAGAUGUAUAUGCAGCAAUAUGGGAGCGCACCACCUGUUCAUGCCGCUGCUGAGCUCUUCCAAAAACUGUGUUACGAGAACAAGGACAACCUCUCUGCCGGCAUCAUCGUCGCUGGGUGGGACAAGGAGGUCGGGCCAAGUGUGUACAACAUCCCCCUGGGCGGAGGGCUGUUCAGGCAACCAUGGGCAAUUGGAGGAUCUGGUUCGACCUACGUAUAUGGAUACUGUGAUGCUACCUACCAGGAGGGGUGGAACCGAGACCAGACAGUGGAGUUUGUAAGGAAUACGCUUUCUCUGGCCAUGUCCCGCGAUGGCUCGUCUGGAGGUGUGAUCCGUAUGUGCGUGAUCACGAAAGAGGGUGUUGAGCGCUUAUUCGUGCCUGGCAACGAGCUGCCACGCUUCUGGGAGGGCAAGGAAGUGCUCGGGCCUGCGAAGGGUGUUGCACUGGCAGUUGAUGCCAUGGCGGUCGAGGCAUAGACACGGUUGUAAUAACACUCAAUCCGCAUCAUCUC